UAGCGAACCAAUAACUGCCGCCCGUAACCGUACCAUUCUUUGCCCGGGUCCAUCGUCAUCAACCUCCAGAUCCCCGCCCGACGAGCGAAUCGGAGAGGAGUGUAGAGAGGAUUUUGAUCCCGAUGGGAGCGGUGGUGACGGCCGUGAUCGCGAUCGCGGCAGUGGUGCUGGGCUGGAUCACCAUCGAGAUGGCCUGCAAGCCCUGCCUCGAGACCGGCCGCCGCGCCAUGGACCGCGCCCUCGACCCCAACUACGAUCCCGACGACUCCCCCUCGGCCAACUCCACCCUGCCUCCCGCUAACGAGCCGCUCCUCGCCGAUCUCUCCUCCGCCUCAGCAGCCGCGCCCGCCAAGGCCAUCUGAUGUGCUUGUAUGCCACAGUGCUAGGCUUUUCUUUCUUCCUUGCCUCAGCCAUGUUUGUCUCUGUGCCUCCCCAAGUGUUAUGUUCUUGUGGUUUUGGUUAU